ACGUAGUUAAUAUACCAAAAUAAAAAAUAACCACCUCGUAAUAAUAAAAUCUUGUUGCAUUUUUGACAUUGAUUAAGUAUAAUUUAUUGUUUACCUAGAUUAUAGGAAAGAUUUUUUUAAAUAAAUAAACAGAAUUUGUUAUACUUUAUUUUAGGAAAAUGCAUUAAUUAAACUAUAAAAGACAAAAAUACUAAAAGGUAGGUAAAUUUAUUACUUCAGUGGCAUUUGAAUGUAAAUAACUUUUAAAACUAAGGGAUAAUUUAUAUUGGUACUUCUCUUUUAAUAAUAGAGAUAGUACGUAUAGUAUAUGCAAUUAUCAUACGUGAAAAAUAAUAGCUAUAGUCUUCAGGGCUUUUAAAUACAUUAAACAAAUUAGUUUAUGUUUCUUGAUAUAAUUUUUUUUUCUUGUAACACAACAAUUUCAUUAAUACUCUUAACCGGUUAUAAAGAUAAAAGUAAUAUCUAUACGCCGAUGUGCGAUUAUAAUAAAAAAUUCUAACACAAACAGUAGAAAAACAGAGAUAACAAGUCGAAAGAGUCUUCAACCGUGAGAACAGUCACCGUAUAUCGUUGAGGUCUCCAUAACCUAGAUUCUAUCAUUGGGAUGAAAGUCGUGUUAAAAAUUCUACAACAUCGAUAGUUAAAAACUUAAAAUAGACUGUAUAUUGUUUGCGAUUCCCCCUGAAUAAUUCUAUAUAGUACGUAUAGUAUAUGCAAUUAUCAUACGUGAAAAAUAAUAGCUAUAGUCUUCAGAGCUUUUAAAUAUGUUGAAAAGAACUAGGUUAUGUUUCUUGAUAUAAUUAAAUCAAACAUUUUCCAACAAGUAUGCGGAUAAAUCGAAGUUCAACAAUCCAGUUUUUAUUUGCUUGUAUCAUUUUUCCUUUGUCUCACAUGGGUGAUGGGUCUAUAAAAAGUUAAAACCAAGCAAUGCACUGAUAUUUGCAUUGAUUACGUUUAUGACUGUACAUGUAUAUACUAUAUAUAUAGGGUAAAGAAACCAAUCAAAGGGAUCAUUCUUAGUCCAAAACAGAGUAUAACAAAACACAGUUACUCAUCAAUGGAUGACUUUUAUUCUUCUAUAUGGCUUUACCAAGAGAGCAUUGAUGAAAUAAGCCAGAAUCUGCAGAACACUCUGUUCGAGCUAGAAACACUGAAAAUGAAAGCCAAUGAGAAAUCAAGAACACAUAGAGAAGAAGUCAAUCAGCUUCUAACUCUACUCAAGUCCACUCAACAAGAACGAGAUGAAGCUAGAGAGCAACUAUCUCAGUUUCUCAUCCAAACCCAAAACACUAAUUCAAGAACCACCACUGAAUCAAACAGCUUCUCUGGUGACGGAUCUUCUUCUUCCCUUUCUUCCUCCGAACUCUCCAGCUUCCUAGACAUUCAUCAUCAUCAGCCGUCGAUGAGUCUCGAAGGUCCAACGGCUCAUAAUCAUCACCAGCACGAUCCUCUAGACGUUCUAGUUAUGGGUAAAGCUUUUCCAGAAACGGGAAAGCUUUUAAAAGCGGUGGUGGAAGCUGGACCGCUUCUUCAAACGCUUCUCGUGGCGGGGCCACUUCCGAAAUGGGUAAACCCACCGCCUCAAACGCAAUCGCAGCGUUUUGAAUUACCUCCUACUGUCUCGUUUAAAGGGUGCGAUGAUGUCAGUAGUAGCGGCGCGUCAGGACGAUGUGAUUCACUGAUGUGUUAUGAUUCGGUUAUGAGAUUCGGGUUGAGUUCAAGUUCGGUUAUCGAUCAAACGAUGUUAACCGGGAAGAGGCAGAGAUUAGAUUAGCGAACUGAUUAAUUGUCCUUUCUUUUUGAUUCUAUCUCUGGUUCGACCGGCUCGGUUAUAUGUACGACUUGGUUACUUAAGGAUAAAUUUGUUCUCGGAUACCAGCCACGGUUUCGUCCUAAUUAAAAAUAUAACUAUUUUACUUUGGCAUAUAUUCGACUAAAAUAUUAAACUGAAUGUUGUUGGGCCCACUCGAAAGUGGGACCCUCCAAAAAUAGGCGUAUGCCACUUAGCGUGGAGAGCACACGGUAUUCUUUAGUAAAAGGCGAAAGAAUAGUUCGCUUUGUGCUCACCACAUGGCUGCGUGAUUUGAAUAGAGUGAAGGAGACCUUUAUUUAUAACGCUACUUCUGUUGCUAGCUUCUCGCAGUUACCCGAUGUGGGACUCUUAAACCAAAGACAAAAAAGCGCAACUUCUUUACAACUCUUCGUGGGCCUGUAAAUGAUAUUGGGCUUUAAACCCCUGAACAGUGUCGUGGCCACGAAGAUGCAAACACAACCACACGUCUUCGCUCUCUUCUCGAUUAGAUCCAUGGCUAUGUCCACCAAUUGGUUUCCACAGUCAUACCGUUAUGAGCCGAAAACAUCGAUUAAAACCUUUGAAUUAAUGGAGCAUAAUCCAUCUACUGGAUGUAAAACAGAGGAUAAGGGCUUGAAAAGAAACACCAUACACAUAACACACUCUCGUCUGGCUUUAAAAUCAUUUACGUGUGUCAGUGUGUUUCCCCGUACCCAAGUAUGCAAAUUCAGAAAACAAAAUUUAGAAUUAGGAUUAUUGUCUUUCUUUUUCUUUUGUCUUUUCGCCGCGUCAGUCAUCGUACUGUUUUUACUGAGUGAGUGGCAUUUCUUUAUAUUCCUUUAUUUAAAUGGAAGCCCUCUUGUUCGGUGGGAAGGUCUCUUUGACUUUUGACUCAUUAUUAUUUUUGACAUGCGUAUUUUCGAGUGCUGACGUGGCGGAUCCAUAGAAAACCUCAAGAACUGAACGUUAACAAAAAAAAAAAAGAGGACGGUGGAGCAAAAUCGGAUCGAGUCGGAGAGUCGCCGGAGAAUUUACUCCGGCUAAUCUGUAAGCGAUAGAG